AAGGCAGAGCCACAGGCGCACCUCAAAGAGGGCUGCAGUCCUGCGAUAACAAAGCAGCAGCAGGCCCCGCACACACCGGCUCUUGUGCUGGAAAGGGGCCUAGCCCUGAUUUUUUUUGUCAGGGCUUCUCUCCUUCGGUGCAUGUGAAUGGGAUCUCUGCCCUGCAGCAAAUAGAUCUAGCUUGCUUGCGGGCUUUGGAGUCUGCUUUUGCCCAGAUUGUAUGCCAGAUGGAGCAGAAAAACAAACGAAGGUGGAUCUUUUAUAUUCACACCGAAUGCAGGUAGUCAAGAACUAAAGCAUUUUACAGGCCUCGGGACACUCAAUAACUUCUGAAACGUUUCACAAUUUUGGAGCCUGAUUCAAAUCUCUGUUAUUGUGAAGAUUAUAUCUGGAGUUAAUUCCAUUGGCAUCACUUGGUUUACUCUGGAUUCAGAGCAAAAUGAACGUAGGAGUUGCCCAUAGUGAGGUAAAUCCAAACACCAGGGUGAUGAACAGUCGUGGAAUGUGGCUAACUUAUGCACUUGGAGUUGGUAUGCUUCAUAUUGUCUUGCUCAGCAUUCCCUUCUUCAGUGUUCCUGUUGCAUGGACCUUAACAAAUGUGAUUCACAAUCUGGGAAUGUAUGUAUUUUUACAUGCAGUAAAGGGAACUCCUUUUGAAACACCUGACCAGGGGAAAGCCAGGCUGCUAACACACUGGGAGCAACUAGACUAUGGAGUACAAUUUACAUCCUCACGAAAAUUCUUCACGAUCUCUCCAAUAAUUCUGUAUUUCCUGGCAAGCUUCUAUACCAAGUAUGAUCCGGCACACUUCAUCCUAAACACAGCUUCUCUCUUGAGCGUGCUUAUCCCCAAGUUGCCACAGCUUCAUGGUGUAAGAAUCUUUGGCAUCAAUAAAUACUAAUUGGGAUAUGUGAAACUGAAACAUUCUGACCAAAAUCUGCCAUGGCUACUGCUUUUUCUCAGGUGAAGGAAUGGGUAGUCUGCUGUGCCAUUUAUCUAGUAACAUACAAUAAGAUACUUUCACACCUGAGAUCUAACUGCUAUUUCUUUGGAUGCUGUGUGGAAGACAAGUAGACUUUUACAAGAAGAUGCUUCUAAGUAUUUAAUGUAAAUGGUAAAUCUUUGAGAGGUUUUCCAUGAAGAAUUGGGCAGGCCCAGCUCUAAAACUUAAUCAGGACUAAGAGAAUAUAUAUGCCCAGCCAACAGUAAUGACUUGUAAAGAAGGUGUAAAUAACUUAGCUGAAAUGUAGAGGCAACUUUCACAAAUCAUCCAGUAGGCCAUAAUAAAAGCAAGGCAAGUUAGUAUGUAGAUCCAGAAUCCUUUGUCAAAGACCUGGUGAGGCCUUGUGGUUAGAUUAUGUAAAAGUAGCCAGUUACUGCUUUUGAAUAAAUUAUUCACUUUUGUCGAUUUAAGAGUUGUCUGUCUACCUCUAGGUGUUGCCAACCGAAUUUUUGUUUUUUUAACCUGGCACCUGCUGUGAUCUAAUGGUGUACAUGUAAAUCCAUUCUUGAGACCUUGGUUACAAAGAUAUCUCCAGUCUUCUAUGUCAACUCAGGGGAUUUCUAAAUCACUUUACUACCCUGCUUUUUAUAUACUAAUGAAAUGUAUCAAUGUUAAUUUAUUUGUUGUUACUUUCCAAACAAGGCUGCUAAUCUGUUUUGAGAAACUAAAGCACAGAAUUCAGAAAACGAAUUAUGCUGUAGAUUUGGCAGCCUUCUUUGACUGGUAAGCCAUGUUUUAAUGGUUAAGAGGCCGAUAACGAUUGUGGGUUUUUUGUUGUUGUUUUUUAAGAGGAGAGGCAGUUCAGUUAUGCUAUCUGCUAGAAUAUCUAGAAGAUAUCACUUUCCCUAGCUAGUUAAAUCACAAAGUAAAAGCUCAAACUGGUGGUGGGUAAACAGCCAAGUUCUGGCUUUUACUUGUAUGGUUUGUUUGCAUUUCUUGUAACACCUUGCCAAGAAAUUCAAGAAACAUGCAGGAAUCUAAAAUUCAAAGGUGAUUCCACUACCGUAUAGUACUGUACUACUGUUGUGGAUAAUCAACUCUGUAAUUACAGUAAAGAAUGUGUAUGGUGAGGCAUUUAGUUUUGUGUCAUGAAAAAGAGAUCUUAUAACUUACAAGUAAAAGCAGCAUAGCAUGUUUUGAACUGGUUUGUAUUGGGGCAGAAAGGACAGAUUCCUUAAGCUUUUAUGAGAACUGUGGCCUGGACCUAGUUUAAGCUUUUACUAUGGGGAUUACAUAGGAUGAGCUCAUGUAGCAAAACCAUCACCUAGAUAAAGACUUGCCUUGUGAAAUUCAAUCUAGCAUUUAGCCACUGGUGGGUGUAAUUGUCUCCCUUAUUAGAACAAUUUUUCUGAAUACUUUGGUUGAUGAAAAAUUGACUGGUUUGUCAGCAGUGAGUUAUGAAAUGUCAUAACUGAAUAGUUCUUAUGAACAGAUGAAUCUUCAAGUUUGGCUAAUAAUUAUGAACAAAGUGAUAACUGGCUACUUUAAAAAAAAUCAAGUUUGCUUCACAGGGCUAUACUAGCUCUCUGGAAGUGUCUUGUUUUUAAAGCAUAAAUGACAAUGAAUCUGAGAGUAGGAAUCAUCAUCAUUGUACUUUGUACUUUUCGUUUUAGCAAAAAAUUACAACUGGUGAUAAGCUUUUGUAAAUGGAUUGUUGAUAGUAACAUAGAAUUAGUGUUUGAAACACUGUGUUAAAACUUGUCUAGAAUUGAAUAAGAAAGCCUUUUCAAUAAUUGUGCAACAUGUCACUGUAGGAGGCUUUUUCCUUUUCUCCUCAGAGAUGGAAUAUUACUUUUUUUUCUCAAUGGCUUAUGUGAUUUGCAGAAUUUAAAAUAAUUUUCCUUAUGAUGGAUGACUUUAUUUCUUUGUAGUAUUAAAUAAAUUGUUAAAACACA